UAGAGCACUCUAGUACAAUUUCAAGCAUGUCUCCACUUGGUUUAGUCGCCCUUUUACUGGGGCUCCGUUCUGUGUUUGGUGGGCCAGAACUGCUGCUAAACCCGGGCUUUGAGAAUGGAAUCAACGGUUGGCACAGCAGUGGGUUCCUAAUGACGACCGACACCACCCACGUUCACGGGGGUGUGGCCGCUGUCAGGUGCUCGGGCAGAACCAACGUCAACCAGGGACCGUCGCAGAACUUCCAGGCCCACCCCGACACCCGCUACACCUUCCACGUUUUCUUGAGACUGGCCACGGGGUCCCCCACACAAGAGGCUAAAGUUACUGUUGCCCUCAAACGGUCAGACAACGGCCAAGACGAAUACAUCAGAGUGGCCAACCAUCCUUACAUUACCCCUGCCGAUGGAUGGGUUAACGUUGGAGGAAAUUUUCACAUACCAAAUCAUGCUUAUAGUCAGGCCAGGGUGUACCUAGAAGGUAUCGCUACCAGUGUUGAGUUCUACAUAGACGACGCGUCUUUAAAGGAACUGGAGUACAACUCGGGGUGGAAGGCGGCCGCUAACGCCAAGAUUGAAGAAUUCAGAAAGAGUAACAUACAUUUCAAUUUUCACGUUGACCCUAAGUUUAGUGCCAGUGAUAUCAAAGUUAAGAUUGAUCACAGAAAACAUUUGUUCGGGUUCGGAUCCUUGCUACGCCCAGACCACCUUCUAAGCAGCACUCACCAGCGCUAUCGUGAUAUCGCCUACUACAUGUUUAACUGGGCUGUCCUUCAGGACUACAAGUGGACAUUUAACAGGGGAACUCCGGAUCACCCCGAUUAUUCUCGUGCUCUUGCUGCAACUGACGAACUCGCUAAAAAUGGUAUUCAAGUCAGAGGUCAUUGCAUGUUUUGGGACGUGCCAGAUAAAGAACCGAGUUGGGUUAAGCCGUUGAGUGGACAGGCGUUGAAGGACGCAGUUGAUGAGCGUAUUCGUUACAUGACCAGCAUAACCAAAGGGAAACUCGCCCACUGGGAUAUCAACAAUGAAAUACUGCACGGCAAUUUUUUCGAAGCAAAAACCGGCGACCCGGCAUACAGUCAGCACAUGUACAGGGCUGUCCAUGCAGCUGACCCUUCACCCAAGCUGUUCCUCAACGACUAUAACGUCGUGGCACAGGGGAGCCACACACUGGCCUAUUUGACGAUGAUACAAAAAUUUAAGUCAGCGAACAUUGGCUUGGGUGGGGUAGGCGUUCAAAGUCAUUUCAGUAACUACACAGCACCGGAUGUGACGUUGAUGAAGCACAGACUGGAUGUGCUCGGCAUUGCUGGACUCCCCAUCUGGAUUACAGAGCUGGAUCUGUCCGCACAUGAUGAAAACACGCGCGCUGAUUGGUACGAAAACGCUUUGCGGGUGUACUUCAGUCAUCCAUCAGUUGAGGGGGUUUUGUUCUGGGGCUUCUGGGACGAUGACGUUGUAUACGAUCGUGCUCUGGUUCACGGAUCAUCUUUUACGCUGGAUAAAGCCGGUGAGCGUUAUUUACAUCUGAUCAAAGAAGAAUGGAGCACUCAUGUCAACCGGUCUUUGUCGGCUGGAACAUCCUUCAAUGUCAAGGGCUUUCAAGGAACUUACGACCUGACGGUGUUAUAUCAUGAUAAACCAAUCCAAACGCAAACCUUUACUCUAGGAAAAACAGACAAGACUCUAAACAUCACGAUAUCCGGUGAUGGCCAUCAAAUCAACGUCCCUGCACAUCCAAACCCAUUUGGUUAAAAAUAUUUUGGGUGUUUAUUAAUAAAAAAAUCAUGUUCUGUU